UAGGAUAACCGAAACUCGGGAAUUGUUUUUGUUUGUCAUCUAUUGUUGUUUGUGUUGUUACAUUUGAUUGUUGGGAUUAAAUUAAUUGGUGAUUGUUUAAAGAUGUUUAAUUUUAACAUAAACAUGUUCAAUGAGCCUCUUCGUCCCUUUAGCACCGUUUACAAGUGUUUCUCGGUCUCCAUGUUACCAGGAAGUGAGAGACAAGAUGUUGAAAGAGGUGGAAAAAUAAUUAUGCCUCCUUCAGCCUUGGACCAUUUAACUCGGUUAAAUAUUGUCUAUCCAAUGUUAUUUAAACUGACCAAUGUAGCGACCAAUCGAGUUACUCAUUCUGGUGUAUUGGAAUUUGUUGCUGAUGAAGGUAAAGUGUAUUUACCUUAUUGGAUGAUGAGAAAUCUUUUAUUGGAUGAAGGAUCACUAAUCCGUGUUGAAUCAACCAGUUUACCAGUGGCAACAUUUUCUAAAUUUCAACCUCAAUCGGUUGAUUUUCUUGAUAUAACUAAUCCCAAAGCAGUUCUAGAAAAUGCUCUUCGUAACUUUGCCUGUUUGACCUCAGGAGAUGUAAUUGCAAUCGUUUAUAAUGAUAAAGUAUUUGAAUUAUGUGUAUUAGAGACUAAGCCUGGACCAGCGGUUACCAUUAUUGAAUGUGAUAUGAAUGUUGAAUUUGCUCCUCCGGUUGGUUAUAGAGAUCCAUCUGAAAUGGCCAAUGAGAAAAAUGAUCUUGAAGAUAUUAAUGCAAUGAUUGAACAUCAAGAAGACCAAGAAUUGGCUGGUAAAUAUAUUGAUGCUUUUAUCGCUUUCUCUGGUAAAGGAAAUCGUUUAGAUGGUAAACAAAAAACCUCCCCACAAGCCACCGAAGUUAAACCGAAAGCGCAAAUUAUGAGAGGUAUUCCUGAUUAUGAUUUCCAAUUGGGGACACUUAAAUUCAAAAGAAAUGUUCGUAAAGAAAGUGACAAAAAAGACAAAGAAAAUCUCGCUGAAAAAGCAUUCGAAGCAUUUGGAGGUGAAGGUAGAACGCUGAUUAAGAAAAAGUAGAUUUCUUUAAAUUGAUUUCUAUCUGUUUAUAUUACUAUAAAUAUAUAUAAAUUACAAUCUAUAUUCUGUAUAUACAAAUCGAAUCCAAUCGGAAAAGGAAAUAACCACAAUCACCAAAAUUUUCUUAAUUUGUGAACACCAAUCAAUCAUUUAACUUCCCAAAUGUAUUCUCAAAACAUGUCCAUUGUUUUACACACAAUAACAUCAUCUCACUUUCUCUCUA